GGAGAACCAAGCUCAAGAGACAGCGAGUUCACCGGCGAGGAGCAGCCAGAGCCAUGUCCCUGGCUGGGGUGAGCUGCCUGGUGACAGGGGCAGGGGGGUUCCUUGGCCAGAGGAUUGUGUGCCUGCUGCUGGGAGAAGAGGAGGCGCUGGCUGAGAUCCGGCUGCUGGACAAAGCCUUCAGCGCUGAAGCGCUCGGGAGAUUUGGAAAGUUCAAGGGGAAGACUGAGGUGAAAAUCCUGGAAGGGGACAUCCGAGAUGUGACAUUCCUGCACCGCGCCUGCCAGGGCGUCUCCCUCGUCAUCCACACGGCUUCCCUCAUUGACACCCUGGGCCUCAUCGAGAAGAAGCUGCUCUGGGAAGUCAAUGUAACAGGCACUCAGCUGCUGCUGGAGGCGUGUGUCCGCUGCAACGUCCAGCACUUCAUAUACACCAGCACCAUUGAAGUGACAGGCCCAAACUGCAGAGGGGACCCAAUUUUCAACGGUGAUGAAGAUACAGCUUAUGAGAGCACAUCCAAAUUUCCUUAUGCCCAAAGCAAGAGACUGGCAGAGGAUUCUGUGCUGAAAGCAGAUGGCCGAGUGCUGAAGGACGGUGGCACGCUGAUGACCUGUGCCCUGAGAUCCAUGUACAUUUUUGGGGAAGGCUGCCCAUUUCUCCAAGGCCAUCUGGAUAAGUGCCUGUUGAACAAGAACAUCUACCUGCGCUUCUCCAGGAAGGAGGCUCUGGUGAACCCCGUCUACGUGGGCAACAUCGCCUGGGCACACGUGCAGGCAGCCAGAGCCCUCCGAGCCCCGCAGAAAGCCAAGCACGUGCGGGGCAAGUUCUACUACAUCUCAGAUGACACUCCUCACAUGAGCUACGCUGACCUAAACUAUGAGCUGACCAAAGAGCUGGGCUUUGGAAUCGAGCCCCGGCUGCCCAUGCCUCUGACCGUGCUCUAUUACUUCUCGCUGCUGCUGGAGAUCGUCAGCUUCUUGCUGCGGCCCUUUGUCAGAUACGUCCCCUCCACCAACCGCCACCUGGUCACGCUGCUCAACACCCCCUUCACCUUCUCCUACAGAAAGGCACAGCAGGAUUUUGGCUACGUGCCCCGCUACACGUGGGAGGAGGCCAAGCAGGGCACUGGUGAGUGGAUUGCCUCUGUGAUCCCCCAGAGAAGGGUGCACUUGCAAAGCAGCACUGCCUAAGCCUGAAGAGGAGCUGACACCCUGCUGAGUACAGCCUUGAGCCAGAGGAGAGCUGGGAGAGCAGCAGCAGCAAACUACAAAGCAUUUAAAUGAAUACUUUGUGUAAGAGCCCACUGGAACCCCCCACCCCCCAACCUCGGAAUAAAUAAAAGCGAAAUGUUCAUUUG